AUGAUUGGCAUCUUUGAAGUUCUCAUGUGGUAUUUCCUGCUGGUUUUAUAUAUGGGACAAAUUAAAGGAGUCUUUGGAAAAUAUGAACCUAUAACUUACAAAACAGGAUGUUGUUUAUGGGGAAUUUUUCCUAUCACUUCAGGAGCUAUAAUAAUAAGAGUAACAAAGCAUCCCUCUCGAUACCUGAUUUCAAGUGCUUUCUUCCUUAAUAUCUUCUGCAUAAUUACCACAAUUAUUGCAAUAAUUCUAACAAUAAUUGAGUUGGCUUCUUUUAAAUCUCUGUCAUAUAGGAAUUAUGGACAAGCGAAACUUGGAAGGCAAGCUUCACGAAUUUUAUUGUUUUACUACUUCUUAGAAAUUGUUAUUGCACUUGUAUAUACGAUAUACACCUGCAUGUAUUUGGUUCAAGGACAGAGUACCACAAGGACACAGCCAGUGAGCCGGUGCGUCUUUUUCAGCCCAACUACCCAGCCUUUUUUCUCCCGGAAGCGCCGGAACUUCGCCGCACCUUCGCCGCACCUCGGGGUUAGCCGGGUGUCCUUGCACAGCGCUGCCCUGGGCCACAAGCGGGCGUUGGAACCCCUCGUGGGCAGGAUGAGGGGCCAGACCCAGGAAGCAGCGCCCACCAGCGGGCUGGGGGCCCAAACUGAGGGCGCUGCCUGCGGGAUCACAGCCCCCACCCCCCAGCCCUGA